UGAUCUAGCUUUUCUGCGGCGGUCGGCAGUGGCGGGUAUAUAAGCCAUGUGCCGCCGGAGACCGGCAUCAGAGCAGCAGCCGAUCACCCCACUGAAACACCAUGAAAGCCAUCGUUCUCCUGUGCUUGGUGGCUCUCGCCGUGGCGGACAAGAGUGCCCGGAUUGUCAACUACCAGUCGGGCAUUGAGGAGGAUGGAUCGUACGCCACUGAGUUUGAGACGACGAACGGUAUCAAGGCCAAGGGAGACGGCAUCUCUUACCCCGGCAACGCACCCAACACCGGAAACUACGUGAUGACCGGCUCGUACUCUUAUACUUGGGAGGGCGUCACAUACACUGUGAACUGGACGGCCGACGAGAACGGCUUCCAUCCGGUCGGAGACCACCUGCCCGACUUCAGUCACACCCGGGAACACAUCGGCUUCGUCGAUGAUCAUCUGUAAUCACGGAGAGAUGUUCCGUGAUUCUGCUCUGACCAAAAAUCUAUGAUUGAUCUACAUUAGUGUUCCUUAUUUAUCCAUGCGUAAAUAAAAUAUACGUGAG